AAAUUAUGAUUGUUUAGACAGUGCGACAUCAAGUAAUAAUAUACCUGAUCAAUGUGAUCAAUUGUUUCGUUUGUUUAAAUCAGAAGCUAUGCUAGUGAUAUUAGGUGAUAUCACUGGCAUACAAUUACAUCCAUUGAUUUUAAUCAAUAAUGAUGAUAAUACUACUACUGAUGUUGCUGUCAAUCAUAGUAAUAUUGUGAGUUAUACACUGUUGUUUUUUUUAUUGACAGCUUAUGAUGUAUUCAGUUGA